AUGAUGACGUCCACUAGUCGUGGCGAUGUCGCCUUGGAUAGUGGAGACCUAAUGUUCGCAUCGAUUGGGUCUUUCAUUGAAGGAUUGGAGGAGCAAAUACGAGCAACACGUGCUUCACAAAUCGAAUUGAAUGUGAGAAUCAAAGAGAUGGCAGAUUUCUUGCACGAGCUCAAUGAUCAUGAAGAACCCUAUGAUAUCCAAGUGUACGUCGGGAAGUUGCAAGAUUCAAGGCGUCGAGUAAACAACGUGAAUCAAGUUAUAGGAAGCGUGCAUGAUCGUUUGAGUCGCCUCCAACGAUUGAUAGCGCGAGAAAUCUUUAAGAAAAAGAAAAUGAUCAAAGGAACAGAAGUACCUCCCUUACCAGAGCACUGA